GAAAUUCUAAGCAGAGUGAGACCUCCAACCUUUUUUUUUUCUCUCUCUCCGUGGUCCUGUAGUCAAAUAAGGUUGUGGGAGAACGUAAUUUCUGCCCAAUGCGCGUGCCGUGACGUGACAUAAUGGAACGUAACUGUGUAAAAACGCUCGAGGCGGAGCGCGCCGCGAACAUUCUGCUCCGGUUGAUCGAUCUGACGGCAGCUCCGGGCUCAGCGAGGAUCAAACAGACGUUUAUUCCCCCCCCCACCACCACCACCCCGCAGGUUCGCUUCUGCGAGGUUAUGGGCAGGACGCCGCUCUGAAGGAGCGUCGAGCAGACCAACGUUUAUCGGCGAACACUCGGAAAAUAAUGAUGAAGAAGGAUAUCAGUCUGACCCUGGUGGACGACGCGGACCUCAAACCGCACCUCCGCGACGCCGAGAGCCUCCUCAGCUCCCCGGAUCUGGGUCUGCUGAAGCUGGCGUCCCCCGAGCUGGAGAGGCUCAUCAUCCAGUCCAACGGGCUGGUCACCACGACGCCCACCAGCUCCCAGUUCCUCUACCCGAAGACGGUGACGGACGAGCAGGAGUUCGCCGAGGGCUUCGUGAAGGCGCUGGAGGACCUGCACAAGCAGAACCAGCUGAACGGCGCCGCCCAGACCAACGGCAGCCUGGACCUGGGCUCGAACCUCACCCCGGCCGCCGUGCAGCCGGACCUGCCGGUGUACACGAACCUGAACAGCUACGGCAACGGGCCCCUGGGAACCACCGUCAACUACUCCACGGACACGGUUCCCUUCCCGCCGCCUCCCACGCACCACCUGGGGGCAGCCCCGCUGCAGCCGGAGCUCUCCCGGGUUCAGCCGCCGCCGCCGCCGCCGAAGGAGGAGCCUCAGACGGUGCCGGACGUGCAGAGCUUCGGGGAGAGCCCGCCGCUGUCGCCCGUGGACAUGGACUCGCAGGAGCGCAUCAAAGCCGAGAGGAAGAGGCUCCGGAACCGCAUCGCCGCCUCCAAGUGCAGGAAGCGCAAGCUGGAGCGCAUCUCCCGGCUGGAGGACAAGGUGAAGACGCUGAAGACCCAGAACACCGACCUGGCGUCCACCGCCAGCCUGCUGAGAGAGCAGGUGGCCCAGCUCAAGCAGAAGGUGCUCACCCACGUCAGCAGCGGCUGCCAGAUGUUACCCCACGAGGUCCAGGUGCACUGAUGCAGGGAGGGGGGGGGGACCUGCUGACAAGCUCCACAGACUUUAUUGGUGUCGGUUCUUCUGUUUGUAGCCCAGAUGCGUCCCGCUCUUUGCCGGAGGACCGCUCUCCACAGAGCCGGCCCAAGCCAUAAGCGAACCUAGCAGCUGUUAAGGGCCCUAAAACCAUAGAGCCCCCCUCCACCCACCCUCCUCCUCAAAGAACACUUAAAUUCUCACACUUAACCUCGGUCUUAAAUUUGUGAGUUUGUUUAUUGGGGGGUUGUCAACGCUUUUAAAUGCAUUUGAAAGACUUCAAAUGGUCCGUUUUUAGAAAAUGAACUUUUAAACUCGAAAGAACUGGCAAAAAAAAUAAAUUUAUGUAAUGUUGUUGUAAAUAUACAAAGAAAUGUACGUUAACGUAUUCACUACUUGAUGCUACCAGGUUAAGCUUUUUCUACGGUUUGUGUCUGAAGUGGUUGCACAGAGUCACUGUUUGCAAAAAUAAAAAUAAAAUAAAACGUCGGUGGUGUCUUUUAAGCGCAGCCAGUUAAACUUUGCCCUGAUUUAACCAAAUGUGCAUGGGAGCGCUUAGUGUUUCUGUAACAGGAAGUGGGCGCCUGAAUCAAAUUCCUCUGCAGGGCUCCGAUCGCUAAUGUCAGCAUACGUGGUGGAAGACAAGUCAACAAAACAAACCCCGAGGCUUUAACGUAGAUAUCAACCAGAAGAAGGGGUUAAAGGUCAUCCAUAGAGCUGUUUCUUUACCUGCAUUUCCCUACCUAUAGGAUUUUUUAAGUUGCUAAUCGGUUUAAGAGUUCCCAGCCUAAUUUGUAACCCCGUUCUACCUCGUAUUUGUGUUCGCUAAUGAGAGAAAGAGGCACCUUUUUUUUUUUUUUGGACGAUUUAUCUUUUUUUGUUUUUUUUGUUGUUGUUUUGGUUCUUAAAAGUGUUUACUGGCUGUAUUCAGUCUCAGAGCUGGACCAAACUGAUAUUUCUACGUGAAUAUGCACAUUUACCCUCAUCAUAAAGGAGGUGGUCGUAAGUAAAAAAAAAAAAGAAGAAAUAAAUAAAUACUUGCAGUUGGUAUGAGAUAAUCUCAGUAUAUAACCUUAUUUACUCUGUAUUUCUGUAAAGGGAAAAAUCUGCAUGUAAUGGACAAACUGGAAUGUUGCCCUCGGCUGUGUGUUAUAGCGGGGCGCAAGUUUCUAUGCGUUUGUCUCAUCUGCCUUUUCACGUGUGUAUUUUGUCCGUUUUUAUUUUUUAUUUUUAUUUUUUUUACUUGGGCGUGUCCCACCUCCGCUGUGUGUUCUGGUUUAAAGAUGUGAAAAGCCGUAACCUCACUGUUGCACAGACUGUUGCUAUCACCUGUCGCCUACGGUUAGUUUUGGCUUGACGCUGUCGUGUUUUGAAUUAAAUGCUGCUCAGCAAUAAACGUUUGGCUCCGU